UCUUGACCCACAGGGCAGGAACCAGCUCUACCAGCCUUGCUCCCACCAGGAUCCAACCUCGUCCCUGGUGCCAGAGCAGCCGGAGUCCCGCUCCCUCCAGCAGCAUCUUCCCAGAAAGGCCGGUGGGAUGGUUCACGGCCAAGGAGGAGUCAAGUUCCAGAACUGGGCCAAGACCUAUGGCUCCUCUCCAGAGCUGUACUUCCAGCCCACCUCGGUGGAGGAGAUCCGGGAGAUCCUGGAUAUGGCCAGGCAGCGGGACAAGAGGGUGAAGGUGGUGGGGGGUGGCCACUCUCCUUCGGACAUCGCCUGCACUGAUGACUUCAUGAUCCAGAUGGGGAAGAUGAACAGGGUCCUCAAGGUGGACAAGGAGAAGCAGCAAGUGACGGUGGAAGGUGGGAUUUUCCUCUCAGACCUGAACGUUGAGUUGAGCAAGCACGGGCUGGCCCUGGCCAACUUAGGAGCUGUUUCUGAGGUGGCAGCGGCCGGUGUCAUUGGGACAGGGACACACAACACCGGGAUCAAGCAUGGCAUCCUCCCCACCCAGGUCGUAGCGCUCACGCUGCUGACAGCCUCGGGGGAGAUCCUGGAGUGCUCCGAGUCCAUCAACGCGGACAUCUUCCAAGCUGCCCGCCUGCAUCUCGGCUGCCUGGGCGUCGUGCUCACCGUCACCUUCCAAUGCGUGCCCCAGUUCCACCUGCACGAGGUGGCCUUCCCCUCCACCCUCACGGAGGUCCUUGAUCACCUCGAGGACCACCUAAGGAGAUCCCAAUACUUCCGAUUCCUGUGGUUCCCUCACAGUGAGAACGUCAGUGUCAUCUACCAGGACCCCACCAACAAGCCCCCCUCGUCCUCCGCCAGCUGGUUGUGGGACUAUGCUAUUGGCUAUUAUCUGCUGGAGUUUCUGCUCUGGAUCAGCACCUUUGUGCCCAGCUUGGUGUCUUGGAUCAACCGCUUCUUCUUCUGGCUCCUCUUCAGCUCCCGGGUGGAGAACAUCGCCAUCAGCUACAAGAUCUUCAAUUACGAGUGUCGCUUCAAGCAGCACGUCCAAGACUGGGCCAUCCCCAUUGAGAAGACCAAGGAAGCUUUGCUGGAGCUGAAGGCCGCCUUGGAGAACAACCCCAAGAUGGUGGCUCACUACCCCGUGGAGGUGCGCUUCGCUCGGGGGGAUGAGAUCUGGCUGAGUCCCUGCUACCAGCGGGACAGCUGCUACAUGAACAUCAUCAUGUACAGGCCCUAUGGGAAGAACGUCCCCCGCCUCAACUACUGGCUGACCUAUGAGGGCAUCAUGAAGAAGCACGGUGGGAGACCACACUGGGCAAAGGCCCACAGCUGCACCCGGAAGGACUUUGAGAAGAUGUACCCAGCCUUCCCCAAAUUCUGCUCCGUCCGGGAGAAGCUGGACCCCACAGGGAUGUUCCUGAAUGCCUACCUGGAAAAGGUGUUCUACUGAUAGGGGCAAGGUGAGAGAUGGAGAAAAAAACCAUCAUCCUCAGUUCUUGGGACACCCUAAAGCUCAUGGUCCUCUGUGGUCCCAAGGUCCUGCACCCCCAGUCCUCAUCUGCUGUGACAGCAGCCCAUGGGCAGGGUCAUGCUCUGACCUUGAUGCUCUACAGUGCCUGGAAGUCUCUCCUGGAAACCAGCAGCUCUGGAAGAACCAUGUCCCUGUGUCCCCAAGAUCUGUACAGCCCCAAGUGCCUCCUGUCCAUCCAACACCUUAGUAAAGGCCUUUCUUUGAGCAGA